AUGUAAAACUCAUGGAUUAUGUUAAAAGAAUUAGAUCAUCAGACCUGGUAAGUUUAAUAUUUAGAAUCUUUUUAUUUUGCAAUUGUAACUAUGUUAACAAUAGGAUAUGGAGAUAAUGUACCAAAAUCAUGGAAUGAGAAAAUAAUUGCAAUAUUUUUUAUAUUAAGUGCCUGUUUAUGGUUCUCUUAUAGUAUUAAUGCAAUAGGAACAAUAAUUAAAGAGAUUAAUUUAAACUUUGUAGAAAGAAGCAAAAAGAUUAGAGUUAUAAAUAGAUAUAUGCAUUAAAGAAAUAUUCCUUAUAGUUUAUAAUAUAAAAUUCGAGAAUAUUUAACAUUUAGAUGGAAAGAAGAGUCAGAAAUAGAUCUUUAGUAAGAGGAAAUAUUAUUAAAUGAAUUAUCAGAAGAAUUAUAAUAAGAACUAAAGAAAUAAGCAAACAAUGUAUUUUUCAAACAUUGUGACUUUUUAUUUAAAAAUUUUAGUUUAGAAUUAUAAAAUUCACUUUCUCCAUAUAUAAAAAGAAAGAUAAUCUAGCCAUAAAAUUCUUUUUCUAUUUAUAGUCUUAGUGAAGUAUUUUAGCCACAUUUAUGUUUUGUUGAAUAAGGAUAAUUGUAAUAUUAGAAUUUUUUGAAAGUAUCAUUAAAAAGUGUUUAAUCUUAAGAUAAUUUUUUAGAUGUAUCAGAGUUUAUAGAAGAAAGUAAUAAUGUUUAAACAUUUAAAGCAAUUGGUUAUGUUAGUUUACUUAUUUUGAGUAAGGUAUAUAUUAAAUUAAUUUAGUUUAGUCUGAUUUUAUGAAUAUAAUUCGUUCAUAUCCAAAAGAUUAUUAAAAAUUCUGUAAUUUAAAAGAUUAAUUCAUAUUAUAAGUUCAGUAAUAACAUUUACCUAAUAGUUAAUUUUGUAUUGCUUGUGGAAAUAAUACUCAUGGAUUAAAAGAGUGUCCAAAUUUAUAUAUUACAUUAGAUAGAGAAUUAAUUAUUAAAAGGCAUUAAUAUAGUGUUGAGCAAAAGAGAUAACAUCAAAAAAGAUCUAAAAAAAGAGGUAAGACUUCAUUUUCAACUCUAAGUGAUAGAGAAAUUAUAGAAUAAUUUGUAAUCUAUUUUUAAAUGAACAAUAAAAGUUAGUGUAAGCUUAAUUAGGAAAAUAAUUAGUUUAUGAAUAAGAAGCAGAGGAUUGUAAAUCUGAUCUAGAUGACUAAUCCUAAUAAACUAAAAAUUAUCAUUUUAGAAGAUAAGAUUCAGUUCCUAAACCAAGAUUUUCUUAAUAAAGUUCUGAAUAUUUAAUGAAUAAAUAACCUAAUCUUAAUGAUU